GACCACGGUGAAUUGCUAACAAGAGACUUGGAUUUUCGACCACUUCGAUCAGCAAGUGGUGAGCGCUCAUGGCGGCAGGCGUUGGAGGCUGCUAAUGCAGCAAGGGCUUUGAGUCAAUAGGAUGGUCAACACCUUCCAGUAUCAAACCGUGCAUUCUGGUUUCGAUACAAGGUGAAGAUGGCGGGAAGAUGGCCCACCCGCGGUCAGUCCAAUGGAAUGCAACUUCGUGAGAGGGGCAAUCAGGAUGGCAAGUACGAGGAACCGUCUUCCGAUGAAGACUUUGAACGGAGACACACACCCAAGAAGACCAGGUCCUACAGGGCUCCUCAGCUGCGCAAGCACUUGGCAACCACUUUUUUGUUUCAGUCAAAGGAGGAACAUGCCCCCCAACGUCGGUCAUCUCGGAAGAGAAAGCCAAGCAUGCGUACGGAUGAGAUCUACAUAAGCACUCGGAGAGUUCAGCAGGACACUGAUGAUGAAGACGUCGUUGGAUUGGGCGGAGAUGUCGAAGGGGAGGCUGAUGACGAGGAUGACGACAUGGAGGAACAUGACGAUGACUUGGAGAAUGAAGAUGAGAUGGGACGAGGAGAGGGGGAAACGGGCGCCAUCAACGGUGGCGAGAACGGUGCAGCUGGGGGAAAUGAGAUUGGGGAAGAAGGCGCGGAAAAGGCGGAGGGAGGUGAUGCACCAGAAAAGGCCCCAGACGAGAACGGUCACGUAAAGGAGGGCGAAGAGGGACCGCAGCCCCUGAGGGCAGGCCUCAGACCCAGGCGGGGAGAGCUAGACACAGAGGAACAGCAAGAAGAGGCCGGGUUCUCUGGACGGGAAAGUGGAGAAGGCGAAGAAGGGGAAGAAGGCGAGGAGGGCGAGGAGGGGGAAGAAGGGGACGGCGCUGAAGAGGAAGACGGUAGCGAUCGUCGGGAGCGGCGGUACGCCCUCCGGCAGCGUACCGAGGUGCAGCGCUUCUCGCCCCGGCGAAAAGAGCAGCCGGCGCGCCUGUCUCCACAGGUGGCCAACGGGCGAGGGAAGAAGCGGGGGCGCGAGGGUCGGCAUCGGCCGACCUCGCGCUCGGGUAAACGGCGGCACACUCUGAGGGCGGACGACUCGGACAACUCGCUGUUGCUGGACGAGGUCGAGAGGGGGUGGGGCCGGCAUCCGGACGGUCCGUACGUUCCCCCGGGGGAGCCGACCGCGGCGGCGGCGUUUGUUCCGCCUGCCAGCGGGUGGGCGAAUCGGGACGUCGGAGACGAGGACGGGGCGCAGCCGGCUACGGCCGGGGGGGCGCUGGCGAAAGCGGGGGCUGACGUCCAACCGGUUGCGGUGGACCUUUCCGUGGACUUCGAUCAGGUCGGAGGGUUGGCGAACUACGUUGACGCCCUCAAGGAGAUGGUGUUUUUCCCGCUGCUGUACCCCGACUUUUUUGCCAACUACCGCAUCACCCCCCCUCGCGGCGUCCUGCUGUGCGGCCCCCCGGGGACGGGAAAGACGCUCGUGGCGCGCGCGCUGGCGGCCGCGGCGUCUAAGGCCGGGCAAAAAGUAACCUUCUACAUGCGCAAGGGGGCGGACGUGUUGAGCAAGUGGGUCGGGGAGGCGGAACGGCAACUGAAGAUGCUGUUUGAAGAAGCGCAGCGCAACCAGCCGUCGAUCAUCUUCUUCGACGAGAUCGACGGCUUGGCUCCCGUGCGGUCGUCGAAACAGGAGCAGAUCCACAACUCGAUCGUGUCGACUCUCCUCGCGCUGAUGGACGGUCUAGAUUCGCGGGGGCAAGUCGUGGUGAUCGGCGCAACGAAUAGAGUCGACGCGAUUGACUCUGCGCUGCGUCGCCCGGGGCGCUUCGACCGCGAGUUCACGUUCCCGCUUCCAAACGCCGACGCGCGAGAGGAGAUCCUCAACAUCCACACGCGCAACUGGGCCAGACCGCCGACCAAACCUUUGCUGGAGGAGCUGGCGGCGACGUGCGUUGGAUACUGCGGAGCGGACCUGAAAGCGCUCUGCACGGAGGCAGCCAUCCGGGCGUUCCGGCACAAGUACCCGCAGGUUUACCAGAGCGACGAGCAGUACGUGAUCGACGUGGACUCAGUCGUCGUGGAACGGCAGCACUUUGUCGAGGCCAUGGCAGCCAUCACGCCCGCCGCACACAGGUCCGCCGUAGUGCAUGCCCGCCCCCUGCCUCCCUUGGUCCGUCCAAUCCUGGACAGCCACCUGGCAGCCCUCCUGGCCGCCACGAAGGACAUCUUUCCCGCCUUUGGAGCAGACUCUACGGCGGACGACUCGCUCUCGUGGGAGGGCGACUUGGAGGGAGAGAACGAGGCGGAUUUAGGGCGACUCUUCUCCUCUGUGCCGGGCUCGAGUGUCGCCUUCGUACAACGGCCACGGCUGCUGCUGUCGGGAAGACGAGGGGCGGGCCAGGACCAUUUGGGCCCUGCGUUGCUGCACGAACUGGAGCAGUUCCCGGUGCACUCCCUCGGCCUCCCGUCACUCCUCUCCGACCCUGGCGCCAAGACCCCGGAAGAAGCGCUCGUGCACAUCUUCGGCGAGGCGCGCCGUACCACGCCCGCCGUGCUCUACCUGCCGCACCUGCCCCUCUGGUGGAGCACGGCGGACGACUCUCUGCGCGCCACCCUGGUAAUGCUCCUCGCCGACCUCCCCCCCGCCCUGCCUCUGCUUCUCCUGGGCACUUCCGAUGUACCGGAGGAAGAGCUAGACCCCGAAGCACGCGCUAUCUUUGGCCGUCACAUACACUCAAUCCGCGCCAGCACCUCCUCCGAGCGCGAGGCGUUCUUCGACCCCGUUCUACGCGCCGCCGCUGCAGUCCCCCGACUAAUACGAAAUAAGAAGCCCGCCGCUCUUCCAGAGCUUCCGAAAGCCCCGCGGCAGCCGCGAGAGCCCACCGAAGCGGAGCUGGCAGCGAAAGCAGCGGACGAGGAACAGGCGUUACGAAGACUGAGAAUGUGCUUCCGGGAUGUAUGCAAUCGGCUGCUGCUGGAGAAGAAGUUCGCUGACUUCCACUACCCCAUCACCGAGGAGGAAUACCCCGGGUACCGGGAGGUGAUUGCCCGCCCCAUGGACGUGGCCAGUCUGCUGCGCGGGGUGGACGGGGGGGAGUACCCGGUCAAGGCUUUUUUUCUGGCGGACGUCGACUUGAUAGCGGAGAACGCCAAGGCUUACUUUGGAGAGUACCCUCAGGAGGCCCGGUACAUUAGCAGAGCGUUUGCGCUCAAGGAUGUGGUGUACAGUAUGCUGUCCCAGCUGGACCCGAACUUAGUAAAGCAAACCGACGAGAUAGCAGCACGCGGCGGCCCCGUCGCGGCCCCACCGUCCAAAUUUAACAUUCCCGUUCACACCCGGUUCGCACCCCCCCCGGUCGCGCGCACAAGUGCGCGGUUACGGGGCGUGCAGCCAAACGUAGAUAUUCACAACUCGCCGGAGGUGCGGCGGGUGCGGCGCGGGAGCGAGGGCGCGAGGAUGGAAAAAGGAGCGAUGGCGAAUGGGGAAAUUGCGGACGGACUGGAUUCGCAAGGGGUGCCGGAAGCGGAGAAUGUGGUGAGUAAAGAGGGCGGGGCGGAUGAGCCGGCGAGUCAGCCGGAGGAGACUGGUGAAGCGAUGGACGUGGAUCCGGGGGAGCCGGUGGCGGCACCGAUCGAGCCGCCAGAAAAAGAAACGGAAGUGGUCAAAGAGCAGAUUAGAAAUGAGUCGGGAGCAGCGGGUGUGGCGGCAGGUGAGGACGCGGGUCCGAGUGCCAGUGGUAAAGCAGGCGAAGCAGUUGUAGAAGUAGAGGAGAAGCAGCCGGAAGUGACCCCAGAAAUGAAGGCGGAGUAUGCUCGGCGAGUGGCGGAGAUAAAGGUGGCGCUGAUCAGGCAGACGGCGCGGUUGACGGUGGAUAGGUUGGAGGGGGUGAAUGCGUGCUUGUGUCGAUUAGUGCACAGCCAUCGUCGGAGCGUUGACAGGACACCGCUGCUUGAGGCGCUGGAUGUGUUUGUAGGAGAGGACAACAACUUUCUUGAUGACGAGCAAUAGCGGGGGUCUUAUGCUUGAUCAAAUCUUUGCUUGUCAUCAAAUCGUAUUGGCAGCA